AUGGGAAUGUCAAAUCAUUGUGAAAGCGAAUCCGCCCGCCAGAAAUAAUUUUAUAGCUAUAGUGAACAGCUUGUGUUAGAGCGGUGUAGUCGUUACUUCUAACAAAUAAAUAUUAAACUGGCCCGCGAUACAUUAGUGUAUGAUCUCAUAUAAAUGCAUUCAACUGUAGCAUCAGUGUUUAAAUAAUAUAUUAGAGCUUUUUGCUGCGGUUCCGAUAAAUUCGAAUCAUAUCUGGAGAUGACUCUGAGACAAGAGGCCCCGCCGCCGUUGGCAUCGCCUCUGUUACACGAUGCAGUCGCCGGGGACAGCUCGCCGCCCCUUGCUGAUGAACAGUUCGAAGAUGAAUUCGAAGAUGCAACUGAUGAAUUGCCAGAUGCCACCCCGGACUUGCACACAGCAUUCAAUGACUGCGAGGUGGCGAUACGAAAGUUCUUCAAUAACGACUUGACCGGCGCCAUGACCAUUAUGAAGCCAUGGCAACGCACGUCAGUGUACCACAGCCUCGGCGCCGCUAUAUUUGAGUUUAUUCCUGCUAUGCUGACAUUCGACUCAUCACAAAUCAACAAUGCACUGGCUGCACUCAAAAUAGCUAUUGCCAUCUGUCAUGAACAGAGGAAGAACUAUACCUUCGUAGAAAGCAUCGGAACUAUUAUUAAAAAGCCUAAUUACGCGGCAUACACCGAUAUGGAAGCUCACGCUGAACUGUGUUAUGCAGAAACACUAAUGCUUCAAGCAGCCAUGACUAUAAUGGAAGGAGAAGACCUAACAGGAUUCAUCAAAGGCACCAUCAAGAUUAAAAACUGUUAUAACAGCUAUCGGGAAUGCUCAAAGAUAUUGGAUAAGAAACAAUGGGAGACAGAAGAAUCGAAGAUCCAGUUCCAAAGUGGUGUGCGGCUGGGAGUCGCCACGUUUAACGUCAUGAUAUCUCUUCUUCCACCAAAAAUAAUAAGCGUCUUAGAAUUCGUGGGCUUCUCUGGGAAUAAGAGUCUUGGACUUGCGGAACUCGAGGCGGGUUCUCGUGCACCGGGGAUGCGGUCGGUGUUAUGCGACCUUACGCUACUGGGAUACCACCUCGUCAUUUGCCACUUCAUUGGAGCUAUCGGGGACCUGCCCGCCUGUGAGCGAAUACUACACAAGCAACUCAAGGUUACCUUCUUUAAUCUUGAUCAGGGUUAA